AUGACGGCAUGUGGCACGACAUUGCUGCUAAGAGGCUGCCUGGACGACGUGCGUGUGAGCGGUCGACGGCUGCCGAUGCCCCCGGCCCUGAACGCCACCCGCUGGGGGGCCGUGGAGGCUGCGCUGGACCUGGCGUCGGGGUGCGUGCCACCUUCAGCCUGUGUCAACGCCACCUGCUCUCCGCCCUACAAAUGCCUGGAUACUUGGAAGCAGUUCAAGUGCGACUGCGGCAAGGGCUUCCAGCUUAGUCCCGACGGCUCCUCUUGUCUGGAUGUGGACGAGUGUCGCUACGAGCCUUGCCUCAACUUCGCCUCCUGCUCAAACUCGGUGCCAGGCUACCACUGCUCCUGCACUAGCGGCUACGCAGGCCACAACUGUGAGCAGCAGGCCGGACCCCUGGCCUUCCCCCUCGGCGGCCUGCCUGUCCUGCUGGCCUUCACCUUCUCCCUCGCUGCUGUCUUAGGUUUGCUGGCGAUUGCAGUGUCAACUUAUUUUCUAAGGCGCCGGAAACUCGAACUCAAGACAACGUCAGUCGAAGGAACAGCAAGUAAACAAAAACAUCAACAAGUCAUAACCUCAACAAUCAUAGACUCCUCCAACCUCUCCCAAGUGCCUUCUAAAGAAUCUAAGAAAAGUGUUUCCAUAGAGGAGCCAUCUAGCGAUAAGCAAUUUUCUAAAGAAUCGUUGAAAAACAUGACAUUAUUUUCAAAAUCUUCUUCGAAAAAUGCAGCGCUUUCCGAAGGACUGCAAAGGAAGAAUUCAUCAUCCAGAGAAUCCUUGUCUUGUGAAGGAAUAAAUUCAGUAGCCGGCCACGCCAUCGAGGUGCGCUACACGGCCAGCGCCGCCACACACACGACACUCGCGCCCAGCGUCUGCGAGCUGCACGCGCUCCAGCACGACGCCGUGCCUUGCUUAGGGCGCUCCAACCCCGACGCCGGGCCUUGCUUAGGGNCGUGCCUUGCUUAG